AUGAGAUAGGCAGAUAAAGACUAGGGGAAUUGUAAUAAUUAGUCAUGUAGAGAUAAUAAUUAUUCAAACAACAACAUUAGCGAGCUGCGGACCUCUCGUUGCCAGCACCAUGGAAUGUACCAAGAAACAUUACCUUUUCCUGACGAUCGUAUUGGGAAUUUUAUCGACGAGCUUAAUAAUUGCAAUCUGUUUAGUCAAAAGCAAGGAAAAUGACAAAACCUGCGCAGGUGGUGACCAGUGUUUGAAGAAAGAGUGUCUGGAAGCAGCUGCCAUGAUUCUAAAUUCAAGGAACACAUCUGUGAAUCCUUGCGACGAUUUCUAUGAACAUUCCUGUGGAAAUUGGAUAGCAACACAUGAAAUCUCACCGAGGGACAAUGCUGCUGGAGUCUUUUUGAGUCUUAGAGAUAUUCUUGACGAACGUCUGAGAGAUUUGCUGGAAGGAACUUAUGAGGAUAUACUGACAUCAAUAAAACAAGCGAAGACCCUAUUUCAUUCCUGUGAUGAUAUCUAUUCGAUUGAACAAUUAAAUAUAACAAAUGUAAUUACCAACACCUUUAAUAGGUAUAUUGAUAAUGACAUGAUCAAACUUUUAAGUUUAUAUGGUGGAAGAGGCCUGGCACCAAUAACUGUUACUCAAGACACGAAGAAUAGUUCCAUAAUUAAAAUUUAUUUUUCGUGGAUCAAUCCUAUUCUCAAGCGAAACCAGACAAACAAAGAGCAAUUUCAGAACUUAGUUGAAGGGUUCCAGGAUCUCAUUGAUGUGAAUACUGUUAUUAAUAUGGAGACAAAGAUAUUAAACAUGACGUAUCUUAAUGUUGAGAACGAAAAAGUCACCUUAGAAGACUUAUCAAACGAAACUGCGGUAAGUCAGUUACUUAAACAAAUACAUUUAUCCGAUUAA